CGGGGCUCGGCCGGGACCGCGCAUGGCGGAGCGGCGGCGGAGGGGUCCGGGCAGCGGCUCGGGGAGAGGUUGCAGAAUCAGCAUGUCUCUCCAAUAGUUAAAAAGACAGAAGCAGUCUCCGCCAGCCAAGAAACCAGCAAAGAUAUUUCGCAAUGGAUGUAGACGAUGAAGAAAACAUGAGUUCGAGCAGCACCGACAUUAAAGAAAACUGCAAUGUGGACAACGUUCCCCCGAAGGACAGCGCCGGGCAGGGGCCCGGGGAGGGGACCCUGCUCUCCAACGGUGGUGGCAGCAGCAGCAGGAAGAGACCUCUGGAGGAAGGCAACAAUGGCCAUUCCAAAUUUCGCCCCAAGAAGAGGAAGAAAAUGCCUGGCCCUGUUCUGCCAAAGAAUGCCCUGAUGCAGCUUAAUGAGAUUAAACCUGGUUUACAAUACAAACUCCUCUCCCAGACAGGGCCGGUCCACGCCCCCAUGUUUGUGAUGGCAGUGGAGGUCAAUGGGCAGGUGUUUGAGGGGUCUGGCCCUACAAAAAAGAAAGCCAAGCUUCAUGCUGCUGAGAAGGCUCUGCGCUCCUUCGUCCAGUUCCCAAAUGCCUCAGAAGCCCACUUGGCCAUGGGCAGGACUCUGUCGGUCAACACGGACUUCACAUCUGACCAAGCGGAUUUCCCCGACACCCUUUUCAACGGGUUUGAGACACCAGUCCCUUCUGACGCUUCCUUUUAUCUGGGGUCCAAUGGGGACGGGUCCUUUGGCUCGGGCGGGGACUACGGAUUGCCAUCGUCUGCCAUAGCCAGCAGCCUUUCCCAGUCGCCUCUCCCCCCACCCUCACCCUACCCCACAGCCAGUGGGAAGAACCCCGUCAUGAUCCUCAACGAGCUGCGCCCGGGGCUGAAGUACGAGUUCCUCUCGGAGAGCGGAGAGAGCCACGCCAAAAACUUUGUCAUGGCUGUGGCGGUGGAUGGUCAGACUUUCGAAGGCUCGGGAAGGAAUAAAAAGCUGGCAAAAGCUCGGGCUGCUCAGUCAGCCCUGGCAUCCCUGUUUAACAUGCAGCUGGACCAGACUCCAUCUCGCCAGCCCAUUCCCAGCGAGGGGCUCCAGUUACACUUGCCACAGGUUUUAGCUGAUGCCGUUGCACGCUUGGUUGUAGAUAAAUUCAGUGAUUUGACAGAAAAUUUCACAUCUCCACAUGCACGUCGAAAAGUCCUUGCUGGAAUUGUCAUGACAACAGGUACAGAUGUGAAAGAUGCCCUGGUAAUAAGUGUUUCUACAGGAACAAAAUGCAUCAAUGGUGAAUACAUGAGUGAUCGUGGUCUUGCAUUAAAUGACUGCCAUGCAGAAAUUAUAGCUCGACGGUGUCUGCUGAAAUUUCUGUACACACAACUUGAGCUUUACCUAAGCAAUAAAGAAGAUCAGCAAAAAUCCAUUUUUAUCAGAUCGGAGCAAGGCGGGUUUAAGCUGAAGGAGAAUGUGCAGUUCCAUCUCUAUAUCAGCACAUCUCCUUGUGGUGAUGCUCGGAUUUUCUCACCCCAUGAAGCAGCUCAAGAGGACCAAGGGGACAGACAUCCAAACCGAAAAGCCAGAGGACAGCUACGGACAAAAAUCGAGUCUGGGGAAGGGACCAUCCCCGUGCGCUCCACUACCACUAUCCAGACAUGGGAUGGGGUAUUGCAAGGAGAGAGGCUGCUGACCAUGUCCUGCAGUGACAAGAUAGCCAGGUGGAACGUAUUGGGUAUUCAAGGAGCCUUACUUAGCCUCUUUGUGGAGCCAAUUUACUUCUCUAGCAUCAUCUUGGGGAGUUUAUAUCAUGGGGAUCAUCUAUCCAGAGCCGUAUACCAGAGGAUAGCAGAGAUAGAAGAUCUACCACCUCUUUAUACACUCAACAGACCUUUACUUAGUGGUAUCAGUAACGCAGAAGCCCGUCAGCCAGGGAAAGCCCCGAACUUCAGUGUGAACUGGACAGUAGGAGACUCUGGUCUGGAAAUCAUUAAUGCUACAACUGGCAAGGAUGAGAUGGGCCGUGCAUCGCGCCUCUGUAAGCAUGCAUUCUACAGCCGCUGGAUGCGCAUCCAUGCCAAGGUACAGCUUCCACAGCGCCAGCUUUCCUCCAGCUUGCGCUCAAAGAUCCUCAAGCCCAACCUGUACCACGACACCAAGCAAGGAGCCGCUGAGUAUCAAACUGCUAAAGAGAGUUUGUUUAAAGCAUUCCUGAAGGCAGGACUUGGAGCCUGGGUGGAGAAGCCCAUAGAACAGGAUCAGUUUUCUCUCACGGUCUAAUUCACAAACUGCACAUCACUUUGGAAAGGGAGUUGUUCUGGAAAUUCCUGGUGUCCAGCAUUGCUUUCUGGCAUCUCCACAGCCGUCAAAACAUCUUUCUGCUCUUUGGAGUUGGGUUUUUUUUAAACUUCACAGCAACUAUUUCUGUUUUGCCUAAGUAUUGAAACUCAAUGAUGAUCUGACACAUAAUUGUAUAUUUUGUUAUAGGAAAGUAAUUUCUGGUGUAUUUCUAGAAAUACUUUUACUGUAGAAAACUUGCAGUAAGGCUGUCCUUACUGUAUACAAUGACUCAUUUUUUCUGGGUUAAAAUAUUUCUUUUUUAAUUCAAUGUCAUCAAGUGCAUGAAGAAAUUAAUAGUUUCUCUAGGUUUUACACCACACUUUUAGGAAGUAGCUUAAUUUUUUAAAAAGAAAAUAGGCGACAAAGCUGAUUCUACUCCUCUGUUAACUUGUUUUUCAACUGCAGAUAUUUUUAGCACAUAGAUCACAGAGCCAGAAUGGAGUCUGGACAGCUAGUUUUUUCCCAAUUCCUUGCUCUUUAAAACCAGCUGCUGAAAAUUUCAUGUCUUUGAUGUAUGUAUUUAUUAGUCUGUGAGCCAGUUUUUAACAUGCAGCUUUUUAUUCUGUUUUUAAAAAUACAUUUACCUCCCAUUUACACACAUUGUGAAGUCUUCAUUUUUUUACCAUUGUAAACUGGAAACAGCAAAAUAAUUAUUUGUAAGUUAAGAAGUUUAGUCUAUAACAUGCAGAAGCCUGUUUAGAAGUAGGUGAUUCGUAUAUCCCAGGAACUCAUCUGAAUACAAUCUUCACUGUAACAGCAAUGUGACAGCUUUAAAAAAAAUCUACUCAUUUUAAGGGCACAGAGCCUGAGUUGCCAAAACCAAUCACUUGGUGGGUAUUAAUUGCUCUCCUCUGGAAGCUCUUGUAACAGAGAAACCAGUUGUUAAAACUUACUUCCUGUGAGUUAUACCUGCUUUCAGCCAAAUUGUUGUGUCUGAGAUUCCCUGGCCUUUGGGCUUUACAUGUGUGAUGGGCUUCAUGAAACUAAUUAGGUAAGUUGCUUUCAAAUGUGUGUCCAUUUGUUUUGACUGUUCCUUUAAAAAGUGUUUUUCCUGAAGGUGUGGACACCUCUGCUUUAUGUAAAAAUGUGAGAUGGAAGCAAGAUAUUGAGGUAUGUUUGAUUAACUGCUGUGUAGAAGGAGGACCUUAGCCCCAGCACCUCUUGGGUCAGCAAGUCCUUGGGGUGCUGGAGACUUUGUUGUAAACCCACUUCUGACCAGUCAUGAAUGCUAAGGCAUUUCUGCUUGAGUAGGAACCCAUUCUCAGCUUCAAAACCUGAUCAGACCUGAAAAUCAUUUGUGCAUUAGUUGAAGUCUCUGGGUUCACGUCUUGGGAGGAAGACACUGAGGUGCAAACAGUACAUUUGGGUGGUACUAUGGAUAAUAGCAAGCACUGCUCUGGGAAGGCAAGAGAGUCUGUGACCCAGGGGUCCCCUUCAGGAAAUUGAUGCUUCUGGAGGUUAGUGCCUUUUCCAAAUGCCAGGGGAAGAAGCUGCAAUAGAAGGGCUGGGUUAAUUCGCCUUUGUGGUGGCUUCUGUCACCCUGUCAGCUUCUCAUUAAAGCUGAGAGCACUCCCAUGGCCUCUUGCAGGCCCAACAAGGCUCUUGGAGUCAUCAUCCAACUGAGAGGUUGGUAGGUAGACUGACCUCUUCCAAAACAGAAAGGAAUUCAGUUGUAUGUGGUCAGAUUUUGCAAGCACUGGGACACCAGCCUUUGGGAUUGACCUUGUCUUGGUCACAGUGCAGAAGUUCUGUUUAAGGCUGUAGCUGAGUGUGUGGACAUGUUUCUGCAGGGUUGAGGAAAAGGUGGUCACACCGUGUGUGUUUCCUUGGAGUCAUUACUGCUCUUAGGUGAAACACGCUUUUUUAAGGGACUCAUUCAAAAGUUGGUGUCUUUCUGAAUUUUGUUUGAGGACUAGGAAAGUAGUAGCUAAAACUAUUAUUUUUUAUGAAGUCAAAAAUAUGAGCAAAAUAUUUAAAUAUUAUAUAGACAGUUUUUUAGCUGUUGAAAUGAACUAGUAACAUUAAAAUGUAAAGGAAAUAUGUUCCAUGCCAAAAUCUUUUGACGAAGGAGCGGUGUCAGGUUAUUUAUGAGGAAUGAGUUCUCUUGUUGGUAAUUCUGGGAUUUUAAAAAGUUUUCCAGGGCUAUGUGCAAUCCAUAUCUGUCUUCUGGGAGUCAAUAAAAUACUGCUUGGCUUCCUUCAAUCCCUUGUUCCUUUUUGUGCAGCUCACACAUAGAAGGAAGUAGGGAGAGUUCCCUGGAAAUCACUGUCACUGAGCAAGGAGGGAUAGCAAUGUAUAUAAUCUAAAGUGACUGCAAAAGAUAAGACAACUCAGCCUCUGGCAGCUGCCAAGUUUUGUAGGGGACCAGCUUUUGGAGGCUGAGGGCUCUGGAAAGCCUGGGCUGGGUGGGUGGGAGCUGGCCUGCACAGGGAAAUUGUACUGACAUUCUGGGAGCUGCUUCCUUUCUUUUACUUAUUUUUUUUCCCUUAUAUUUGAUUGAAUAUUUAUAUAAUUAUUUUGAUUGAAUAUUUAUGUAAUUAUAAUUGUUUGUCUCAGGAUCUUCAAAGGACUUAGAGUAACAACUUUAAUGUUGAUGAAUACUUGAAAUUGAAUUUAAGGUGUUUUUUCUCCAGAUGGCAGACUACUUGUAGUAAAGUUUUGUAGGUUAGGUAAAUAGAUAAUUUUAAAUAUAGAUUUUUUUUUUUUUUUUAAAUAUGUAUGUGUUCUACAGGAUCGUUUUAAGAAAAUCUGGGCCUAAAAGUUAACACUUGAAAUCUUGCUUAUGGCUGUACUCAGGACCCGGUAAUAACUGUAGAUUAUUCUUAUGGAGUGUGAGCGUGUCAUGUGGGAGCUUGUUGGCAGUGGGGGUGUCCAGCUGGCUCUUCCCCUGGAACAGCUGGUGAUGGCAACAGUGACUCUGCUGUCUUAGGGAUUUACAACAGUGGGGUUUCUGUACAGCUGGCAAUUCUCACUUUCUCCUUGGCUUGAAGAAAUUGUUUCGUGGCUGGUUAUUGCACAGGCAGCUCUGGAGUGGAAGGUUUUUGUGUGCUAUUCCUCUAAAUCUAAAAAACUAGCUGCUGAAAGGCUCAGGAUUACGGAACUUGUGUUGCAUUUCAUCAGUCCAGUUCUGAAGACAGGCUGGGAGAGCUGGGGCUGUUCACCAAAAGAAGAGAAGGCUCUGGGGAGACCUUAGAGCCCCUUCCAGUGCCUAGAGGGGCUCCAAGAGAGCUGGAGAGUGCCUGGUGUGACAGGACAAGAGACGUGGCUACAAACUGACAGAGGUUAGAUUUUGAUUGGAUAUUGGGAAGAAAUUGUUCCCUGUGAGGGUGGUGAGGCCCUGGCACAGGGUGCCCAGAGCAGCUGUGGCUGCCCCUGGAUCCCUGGAAGUAUCCAAGGCCAGGUUGGACAGGGCUUGGAGCAACCUUGCACAGUGGAAGGUGUCCCUGCCCGUGGCAGGGGGUGGAGCUGGAUGAGCUUUAAGAUCCUUCCAACCCAAACUGUUCCAUGAUUUUGUGAUGUCCAAGAGUGCAUCUAGCCAAGGGAAACCCCCAAACUCACUGUGCUCUCUGUGCAAAUGUGCACAAGUUAAAGCUGUUGGUUCAGAGUGUUUGGGAGUGUGAGGCAGAGCCAGUGUCAUGGAGUGGUUUUGCCUUUGGAAACCAAGCUGUGGUUUUAAAAAAAUAACCAGCCAGGAAUUGAAAAUCUGUUCUAAGAAUUGCUUAGUCAUGGUCACCUCAUAGUUAAAGUUUUGGGUUUUUUAAAUACCGGUGGCUUUCAGAAUAGUUUUAUUUCCAUUCCUUAAAUUAAUGUUUGGAAGGCUCAUGCUUGCAAAGAAACUGCACUUUGAAUUCUUUGCAAUUUCAUCAUCAUUAACUGUCCACUGUGAAAAUUAUCCCAAAGUUUACUGAAAAGGAAGGAGAGUUGCAAUUCAGGUAUAGAGUCAGAACAAAAAUGUGUCAUGUUAUUUAAAACCUAAAACCCCACAGAAAUAAAAUGUAUAAAAUGUAACUAUUCUGUCUCAGAAUCACUGUUGUGGUUUUUGUUGGGUUUCUUUAUUCAUUUAUUUAUUUAUUUUCUAAUACCAAGUGUUUUCAGUUGAGCUUAAAUGUUUCCACCUUCACUUUGUGUGCUCCUCUUGGGAGAGGCGUAAUGUUUAUCCUGGCUCUAGAGCUAGCAGAGAUGCAAGGGUUUUGGUAAAGACACAAGGCGGGAUUUUAGAAGGAAUGCUGGAAUUCCUGCCACAGGGCUGGAAGGGGGAGGUUUCCUGGGUUUGGUCCCUGUCCUGCUGGUGGCUCAAUGAGAUGGAUGUGCUACAGCUCUUGCUGAGUCUGCAUCUGAUAGAAGCAGGAGGAGAAGAGAGAAAUGGAAAUCACUGCUUUCUCUGGUUUCUAAUGUAGAAAUGGGAUGGGGAUUCUGCUGGAGAGGCCCUUGGGCUGCAGGCACAGGGAGCAUGGACCAAAGGAAUUGCCUACCUGGCAGCAGGUCCUCCCAGCCACUGCUUUUCCCAGAAAUGUCACAGCUCAGCUCAGAUGUACCAGCUGUGUGUGUACAUCUGAGGCUUUUUAGGUUCAUUGGGCUUGCUGCUCUUCCUUUAUGCAAACAACUGGUCCUGGAGUAUUUGCAGCAAUUUUGGGUUGAUUCCCCACGGCAGGAAGUUGUGUGGGUCGCUGGGCAGGCAGGCUUGGUGUUUGGAGCUGCAGGAUUGAGGGGGAGGGUGUCCCUAGGCAGGUGUUUGUCCCUGGGGGGAUGCACUCUGGCAGUUCUCCCUCAGUGCAUCCACUGGCAUCGUGUGCUUGAGCCCAUAUGGUGCUUCCAAUAAAACUGCUUUUUCCAUAGUUUCUGUCUAGCUGGGAAUGAUGCAAACCAGUCAUCAGGGGUGCUGCAGGAACUGAGCUAGGGCUGGAAUCCUGGACCUGGCAGGGCUGUGGGGAGCAGGGAGGGCAUGAGUUCCUUCUUGGAUCAUGUCAAUGUACUGUGUUUUUCAGAACCUUUCAGCCAAAGGCCUGUCCCAUUACACAUUAAUAAAUGGGAAGUUAAUUGCACCAACAGCACUUGUGUUUGCAGGCAUGAGUUCUGUGGGUAGUUGUGUUGUUUUCUUCCGUCAUUCCAGGAAAGAGGAAUUGAGAGCCAUGUUUGCAGCCAGCCUUGGCAGAUGGAACAGUUUAAGUAAUACCUGUUCUCCGGAGGGAAAGAUCCACAGUCAGUGUCACUGCAGUGUUUUUAUGUUUUUAAUAUCUUCAUCACUAUCAUACCAAUAUAAUUUUUGUUGCAGUUUGGCUGAGACAUCCUCAACAAGUUUAAGGUCCAAUGUGUGUGUGUGUGAAUAUGUAUUUAUACAUAUGUAUGCACAAUAUUGCUGUAUAUUAUUUGCAUUAAGCAGGUACUCUUCCCCAGUCUCCCUGUGUGACAGUGCAAAUACAUCGGCUUUACCUACCUGGUGUAAGGUUAUUAAAGAACACUCUCAGAUACUGUCCUUGACACUUUCUCCAUUCAUAACCCCAAACUGAAGAGGAGACCUCGUUAUACCUCUGGUUUGUCACUUUCCUUCCAGCACUCGUGUCCCUCUCCUGGUGUCACCACUGAAGCACAACCCCUUGGUCGAUUAUUCUAAGCAAUGGCUGUUUUGCAUACUACCUUGCUUUGUUUUAAGUAAUGUUUGUACAGAGAUUUCAAAAUAUAAAGAGCUAUAUCAUU